AUGUCGAGUUUAGACGCACCGCGGGCCAAGGGCCUGCUUCGGCUCGCGGCGCAGCGUCUGGCACAGAUGCGCGACCGCACCGACGCACAGGGACAGGUCGUCGCGAAGGAUAUUUCCACACUCCUCGCACAGCGCUCUGUACUGCUUGCGCGCGCUAAAGCACAGAAGCUCAUUCAAGAUGAGAUUAUGGCCGACAUGCUCGAACAUUUGGAGAACCUGCUUGGAGUAUUGAGCGAGAGGUUGCUGGAGAUCGACAGUCGGAGCCCGAGUCCUGCGGUCGUCGAAGCGGCGUCCAGCGUCAUUUACGCACAGCCAUAUAUCGAUUCAAAGGACUUGUCCGCCGUACGAGACCUACUUGCGGGUUCCCUUGGCCCUGAAUUCCUUCACGCCGCAUCUACGAAUCGAGACCAAUGCGUAUCCAAGCAGGUCAUUCGUGCGCUAUCUGCGCCCCCACCGUCCGCAGCGGAGCUUGACGCGUAUCUCAUGAACAUUGCGAGGACGCACGGUGUGCAAUGGGAGCCUGAACUGCGCUCGGAGGACGUCUUGCGCACGUUAUCAGAACUCCUGGACGUGAACACAGCCCCGGUGGUCGAUCUUCCGCGUUUGCAGCGGACAUGUGCCCAUGGCAUUCCUCCCGAUCCGUCCUGGUUACGACCAAGAACGUGGCGCAUACUACUUGGAACACUGCCGGUGCUCAAGUCUGCUUGGGAAAAGGAGGCUACCAAAAGUCGUGCAAACUACUAUGAACUCGUCAAGCGCCUUCUUCAACCCUUUACCGAACUUGGUCCGCCCACAGAGCCUCCCGCUCCUCUCGAUGCGGCACUAGCAGGCGCCGUGAAGGAUCUUUUCCGUGUCCCUCACGAGCUCUUCGCAGGACUCGGAGACGCGCCGGACCCAGCGCCCGCGUGUCCACUGGAUGAUUCUGCGCCGGAGGAUAGCCGCAUCCCCUUUGCCAAUAUUCUUGAUGCGCGUCUCAACGCGAUGCAAGCGACGAAAAGUGGACCGUUGACCGCCGACGCACCGCCUUCUAUCUCCGUGACAACCGAGGAAGGCGAGGAGAGCAGCGACAAUGGCUUGGGAAGCUCGACUUCGCGCGCUUUCAGCACGGGAGGCGCACACCCGACUCAUGCGUCAGCGCUCGUACGGCUGCUCUACGUCCAUAGCGCGCUCAACCCUGCAAAGCGCAGUCCACAUCUGGCUUCGGUGCUCCUGCCGCUCUAUGCUGUCAUGAUACGCGAGAUAGAGCCGUCUGAUCUUGCCCACGCCGAGGCCGAUACAUUCUGGGCAUUCGAAGCGGUAGUAGGCGAUUUCGCGGAAUUGGAGGAUGAAGAGGGCGGGGCGGCUUGGAUGGGGAAGUUUGGGGAACGCGUCGCUUGGGCGGACCCGGAACUUGCGAGUGAUCUACAGGCAAAGGGUCUGAGCCCGAGCUUGCCGCAUUAUUCGUAUCGAUGGCUGGCGCCACUUCUCACACAUACGCUGCCGCUCAGCGCGGUAUUGAGCGUGUGGGACGCGCUAUUCUCAAGACCUGAGACGACAAGGAAUGCAUCGCCCAAACUCGACUUCCUGCUCGACGUAUGCACGGCGAUGCUCUUGCGUGCACGAGGUCCAAUUUCUCGAUUAGGGAAAUCCGGUCGACGUUCACCCGGGCUCUGGGGUGAUGAGGGCGGGUUUCAGCCACCACCUUCGCCAACUCGCGCUUGGGAGCUCAAUGAUGCAUUCAUCGAAGGCAUGGCGCUGCUGCAAAUGUACCCGGUGACUGCAGCAGGUGGAGUCGAGAGCAUCCUCCAAACCGCUGCAGACCUCUUCUCUCGCCGUGAGGCCGAAGCCCGUGCGGCGAAAGCGCAACCGACAACACUCGCGGCUCGCGUGCGCGACACCGUUUGGCGGGGUUUCACCAAUCAGAGUUACUCGCCUGCGCCAUCUCCCGAUGCGAGUGAUGAUGAGGAGAGCGACGGAGAAGGGGAAGGGGAGGAAGAGAGUACGCAGGAUGAGGGGAAUAUGACGGAGCCUGUAUCAAAACGCGCGGCGCCCGCUGCGUCCAGGUUGAGCGCUGGCAUAGCGAACUCGGGAAUCGCGAACUCACUGUGGAGGGGUAUCACGAAUCGGAGCGCAAUGGAACCAUCGCCUUCACCUCCAGCACCCGCUAGUCCUUUGUUGCCACCCGGCUCGCCAAGAAUGGUACCGCCAUCGCCUCAAGCGUCUUCGUCCACUCUCGCGCCUCCGCCUGCUCAGGGCGCCUCACUAUGGAGUUAUGCGGAGAAGUUGAGGGACUCAGAUACGGCCGCGUCAUUGGCGAAAGUCAGCACGAACUGGCGCGUCAAAGCAUUCAGCGCAUGGAACGCGCGCUCGACCCCAUCAACGCCCGAACCUACGAGUCCGCCGCAGGUCCCUGCCAAAGGGCGGAGAAGCGAGUCUUUCGCUCCGGAGGGGCAUGAGCGUUCCGCGCUGGAUGCAUUCCGACGAGGAAGCUUACCAGCUCGUGAUCCAUCUGAGGUGUACUCCCCUCCACCUCGUCCUGCUUACUUCAAACCCCCGCGCGAUAGCUGGAUGCCGCAGCCCAGACGUUCGCCGCUGUCGUCGCCAACUACUCCGGAUGUCAUGUCAGAAGAAGCCAGCGAUGGAGGAAGUGCCAACGGUAGUUUGCAUGCGCGCGGACGCAGCGUCGGAAUACGCGAGUCGAUUGCAUCUCUCGGCGCUCUCUUACCUGCGGCUGCCGCAGUUAAGCCUCCCCCUACCCCAAAGUCCGGUCCACGCCCCCUUUUGCUAAGUGCAGGCACGAGCGUCUUGACUGGUACAUCACCAACUCCGUCGCGGACACCGUCCCGAGCGCCUUCGCGAGCCCCGUCACGUUCGCCAGCGCCCAGUCGAGAUCGGUUCGAUAUUAGACCUCCUGCGCCGCCGCACGCGCGGCAAGACAGUAUGCAGAGCAUAUCGUCCAUUGGCGACGCGAUCGGCUUAACUUCGCGUGCGCGUCUCUCAGAUGCAGAUAGCGACGCAGGUGGAAGUGCAAAUGGCAGCCGCAUUGUGCGUCUCAACCGUCAAAGCAUGUCGCCAAUGGCACUCGCGGCAAAGCACGCUAGGAUGGCAUCGAUGAACACAAAUCCGAUAUCGCCGACGAGCUCGGGCGCUGUUCCAUCUCCAGCCCUCUCUCGGGGUAGUUCGCGGGGAUGGUACGCUCCGCCCGAUUCACCCGGGACGCUGGCUAGCUCGCCGCCGCCACCCACACCACCGAGCUUACCGUAUCUUUCGGAUGAGGCCGCUGUGCGCGAUGACGACACGGUCGUGCUACGCGCCCAAGCACCGAACGAUGUGCGUGUCCUGGAACCGCCUGCGCAAGCGCGUCGACUGGCGCGAAAGAAGACGCCGCCGCCUGUAGCACGAGAUACAUCCGACUCCGAAGCCGGCACAUUCGAAGCGCCCAGUCCAACGCGCAGUCCCCGCUCGCGAGGGAAACGUCCGGCACAUCUGCGUCUCGAGAAGGAUGGCCCUCAAGAUGGCACUGUUCGCAUGCGGACACAGAGCCCGUCAAGUACGCUUGCGUUGCCCCAGUGGGACGACCCUGAACCCGCUACGACUCCACGCGCGAAUGCGACCGCCUUCCCAAGCAACGGUGAUCGUGAUGAGGAUGCGGCGUCGCCUCGUUCACCCCGGCGUAGGAAGGUUUCAGCGGACGGCGAGCCUCCGCGAGUAAGGAAACUGUCGUCUGAUGGGCGAGCGAGGAAGAUCUCGGGCGGGACGCUCAGCCGUAGCGCGCCAGGACGGAAGCUCUCUGGAGAGAGUACCACGCGCGUGAGAAGGGUCAGCGAUGCGAGAACCAUUACCGCCGCCAGCGAGAGCGGGGCAGAGAUGGGUGACGACGAGGGCUACGACGACCUCUUGAGCGCCUAUGAGAGCGAGGACAGCGCUGCAAACCAUUAG